UUAUAAAUAUCAUUCAAUGAUGGAAACACAUAAUUUACACAAUAUUAAUAUAUAUAAUUAUUACAAUUUCAAAAAGAAAUCUAAUAACAUUAGAACGACAAAUAAAUUUGCAACAAAAUUAACAAAUUAUUGUUUGGAAGAAAUAUUUAAAUAUUUAAAAGAUGAUAAAACAACACUUUUCUCAUGUAUAUUAAUCAAUCGUUCAUGGAGUGAAUUGGCAAUACCAAUACUUUGGUCACGACCUUUUGAAAAUCCAAUGUAUGGGAAUAAUAUUAAUAUCUUUUGGACAUAUAUUUCAUGUCUUUCAAUUGAAAAGAAACAGUUAUUAGCAAAUAAAGGAAUAAAAUUAUCAGAUCCAAAGAAAAAACCAUUAUUUGAUUAUCCAAAAUAUUUAAAAGGAUUUGAUUGUUUAAAUUUUCAAAUAGCAUUAAGUCAAUGGGUAGGAAAAACAGGAUUACAUCAAAAUUCUAAAAAUUUAAUGGAUAAAUUAAGUCCAGCAGAAUUAAAAUAUAAGACAGAAUUAUGUAAUCAAUUAAUAGGACCAUAUUUAUUAACACAUUCAAAAAAUUUGAGACAUCUUAAAUAUGAUCAUGAUAGUACAGGAUUAAUUAAUAUAUUAAAUUUAUAUUCAAAUAAUGAAAUUUUUCAAAUAUUUUCAAAACUUGAAACAUUAGAAUUAAAAGAUACAAUAUUUCAUGAAAAUUGG